AUGUCGUCGAACGGAACAAAUGCAACGGUCAUUACAACAUCUGUUGAAAAUGCUGUACCAUGGAGUGCCAUCAUAUUUUUGUUACUCGUUGCUUUUCUAUUGAUUAUAGCAAUUGUAUUAAUACUUUAUUUUGAAAAACUUUGUUGUUUUGGUCGAUAUCGAUUUUUAAAACAUUUAUUACGACGAAUUACAAGAACAAAAAGAAUUGUACCAAUUCCUGCAACAACACAAACGAGUAUAUCAGUUGAUAAACCUGAAGAAGAAAAAAAUUCUUCUACACAAAUUCAAGAAUAUCUUUGGAUUGCUGGUCAUAGUGAACAUAUAUCAACAUUUGAGCCAACAGAACCUUUAAUUACAGAUGAAUUUAGUACAGAUCUACCAGAUGAUGAUUAUACAACAUUAGUACCACCUGUUAAACAAAUGAAUGGUGCAAAUCGAAAAUUACCACAAGUACCAAUAAUUGUUGAAGAAAAAGAAAACGGAUCAACAUCAUCAUUAUCAAAAAUUAAAAAAUCAAAUCGAAAAAUUGGUGAUCAACAAAAAACAGCAAUAGCUGGAAUAUCAAAACGUAAACCAAAUAUUGAUAAUGAUUUAUUUAAUCGUUCAUACUCAGCUCCAUCAUCACCUGCUCUAUCACAUCAUAGUAACCAACGAUUAAAACAUAAAAAGCUCAUAGAUCCAAAUGACAUUGAUGCAAAAUCUAUAUCAAGUGAUCAGGGUACAAUAACAGCAAAUGGUCCAAGUAGUAGUCUAUUAUCGGGUUCACUUGAAGUUCGUUUGAAAUUCGAUGCGAAAAAUAGCAAAAUGUGGGUAUUUGUUAUAAAAGCAACAUUAGAAAUGAAUCAACGUUUAACAAAACAAUCACUUAUUCAGAUACAUCUGACUAUGCUACCUAAUAAACGUAUUCGUUUUCGUACACGUGCUAAACCUGCUGAUAAUGCUAUGUUUGCAGAAGAAUUCUUUUGUAAAGUAUCACCAGAUUCAAUACAAACACAAGGUAUUCGCUUUCGUUUAUAUACAAAUGAACGAUUUAAACGUGAAAAACUUCUUGCCGAAGCAACAAUUAUGUUUGGUUUAAUUAAUCUCGAUGAAGAUAUGUGUAAAAUUGUUCCGUUAGAACGAGUAGAUGCAUCAGAAGAAUCCGAUUCAGUUAAUAAUCGUUCACGUGCGAGUAGUAAUGCAGCAUCAAGAAGAAAUUCAAUAACACCCAAUGGAGCACCUAGUGGUUCACUUUUACCUGAACUUGAAAUUGGUUUAGCAUAUGAUAGAAAUCAAUCAACACUUAUUCUUGAAAUAGGAAAAGGCGUUAAUUUCGGUAUGACUUCACAAGGACGAGCACCAGAUACAUUUGCUCAAAUGACAUUACUUAAUACAAGUGGUGAAGAAAUGUUAUCAAAUCGAACAGUUACUCGACGUACACAACAUCAUCCAAUAUAUGCUGAACGUUAUCCAUUUAAUAUUCAGGAACAUUUACUCGAUCAGAUAACACUUGUUAUUACAAUUAUUAAUAAAAAACCAACAGGAAAAAAUGAUCGUAAUCUUGGUUGGAUAUCAUUUGGUCAUGGUGCCAGUGGUAAUACUCAAGUUGCUCAUUGGGAUUCGAUGCUUAAUGCCCAAGGUGAAACUAUAACACGAUGGCAUGCAUUAUUAGAAAGUUGA